GAAUAAUGGAACAAAUAGGUGAUAAUGAAGCGUACUGGAGUGGAUACGAUUCAGAUAUCGAUAAAGAAUAUAUUCCUCCUAAAAAAACAAGAAUCAAGAUUCGUGGAAAAUUAUAUGAGGUAGAAGCCGACAAGACUCUGGAUACAAAGACUGACGAGUGUAGUCGCAAACUCGACUGCCAUAAAUUUGCAAAGCCAAAAGAAAAUUUGAAUAACUACGCAAGGGUUGUACCUAUGAAAGGUUUUAAUAAAGUUAGCCAGUAUGGCGAGUCUAGCAAAUCAGGGCAGAAUGAAAACACCGUAACAAAACAAAAUCCUAAUCAAACAGAAAAAGAAAAUCUGCAACCAUUCAAUGAACAACAGCAAACUGAAGAAAAUAAUGAAGAUGAGCGAAACAAUGCUCACAAAUCUGAAAAUGUUACUAAGAUGUCAAGAAUAAGACAAAGAAAUAUUAAAAGUUGGGCGAGCCAUAUUAGAAAAGAAAGAUUUGAUAGAGGUCAGGAAUAUAUUUCUGUCAGAAAAAAAAUCGUACCGGCUAGAAAAAUCAAAACAAUAAAAGAUUGCAUAGAGAAAUGUAAAUUCAAAUGUGGGAGACUAAUCAGCACAGAGCAGAGAGAAGAGAUAUUUUCAAACUACUAUAGGCUGAGUGCUUCAGAGAAAAAAAUGUUUAUACUACAGUAUAUUCAGAUAAGAGAUAGACCGGACAUAAACAAGACCACGUGA